AUGGUGAAUGCAAAUGAGAGUAGAGUGAAUGAAUUCCUGCUUUUGGGAAUUACCAGAGACCCUUUGGAGCAGAAAUUCCUGUUUGGCCUGUUCUUGCUGGUUUACAUGGUGACCUUGGUGGGGAACCUUGGUCUGAUCUCUCUGAUCAGGAUGAUGCCUCAUCUUCAUACUCCCAUGUACUUCUUUCUCAGCAAUUUGUCUUUCUUGGACUUCUGUUACUCCUCAGUCACACUUCCCAAGAUGCUGGCCGACCUCCUGUCAGAACGAAAGACCAUUUCCUUCUCUGGAUGCGUGGCCCAGCUAAGUCUGUUUAUUAUUUUCGCCACUGCAGAACUCUACCUUCUGGCUUCCAUGGCUUAUGACCGCUAUGUGGCAAUCCGUAGCCCUCUCCUCUACCCUGUCCUAAUGUCCACCAGGGUCUGUGUCUCGCUGGUGGCCCUGUGUUAUGUUGCUGGAAUUGUUAAUUCCCUAACAGUGGUGAGUUCUAUAUUUCAACUCUCCUUCUGCACAUCCAAAACCGUUAACAGCUUCUUCUGUGAUAUUCCCCCCCUCCUGGCUCUGUCCUGCUCUGAUACCCGAACCUGUGAGAUCUUGGUCUUUGCCUUUGGAGGGUUUAUUCAAUUAAGUUCCCUGUUGAUCGUACUGAUCUCCUACCUAUUCAUCAUCAUCACCAUCCUGAAGAUCCGGUCCGCCGAUGGGAAACUCAAGAGCUUCUCUACCUGUGCCUCACACCUGGCUGUUGUCAGUUUAUUCUAUGGGACGCUGAUAUUCAUGUACCUACGACCUACCUCGAGCUACUCCCUGGAUCAUGACCGAGUGGUCUCUGUAUUUUACACAACAGUCAUCCCUAUGCUGAACCCAAUUAUCUACAGCUUGAGGAAUCGGGAAGUGAAGGAGGCACUGAAGAGAGCUGUAUAUAAAGGCUUUUGAGGAGGUUGUAGAGGGGCUGCAGGCUUCCAAGACAAUACAGGGUGACUGAUUCAGUAAUCAGAUGGAGA